AUGGCGCCCCCCGUGAGGUACUGCAUCCCGGGCGAACGUCUGUGUAACUUGGAGGAGGGCACCCCGGGCAGCGGCACCUAUACCCGGCAUGGCUACAUUUUUUCGUCUCUCGCUGGCUGCAUGACGAAGAGCAGCGAGAACGGCGCGCUUCCUGUUGUGUCUGUGAUGAGAGAAACAGAGUCCCAAUUACUGCCAGAUGUGGGAGCUAUUGUAACCUGUAAGGUCUCUAGCAUAAAUUCACGCUUUGCCAAAGUGCACAUCCUGUAUGUGGGCUCCACACCACUUAAGAACUCUUUUCGAGGAACUAUCCGCAAGGAAGAUGUCCGAGCUACUGAAAAAGACAAGGUUGAAAUUUAUAAGAGUUUUCGCCCAGGUGACAUUGUCUUGGCCAAAGUGAUCUCCCUAGGUGAUGCACAGUCCAACUACCUCCUGACCACUGCUGAGAAUGAACUAGGAGUGGUGGUGGCCCACAGUGAAUCAGGUGUCCAGAUGGUUCCCAUCAGCUGGUGUGAGAUGCAGUGCCCGAAGACCCACACCAAAGAAUUCCGGAAAGUGGCCCGAGUACAGCCCGAAUUCCUGCAGACCUAG